AAGAGGAGGGCAUAGAAAGUGCAUCAGGGAUGUCCUCAAGGCCAACUUUAAAAAAUGCAGCUUCUUGCCCAGAAUCUCCCCAAAUAGAGAAGAAGUCUGCCACAAGGAUCUCAGUACUUCUUGAGCACCUGUAAGCUCACUAUUUGUGCCAGGAAAAAAGUGUUUUUCCCAACACAAAUAUAAUCCCUCUGGCCUUAUACUUUCCAUAUUUCACUGGAACCCUUCAAGUUCUCCUAUUCUAGAUAUAAUAGAAGUUUUAAGUGCCUCCAAAAUGUCAGCUUUUAAAAUGAAACUGCUUUUCUUCUAAAGUAUGUUAAAAAAUGCUGCUGUAGAAAUCUCUCACUCAUGCUUUACUUCUCUUACUUCUCUGAAGUAACGGUUUAACAAAUUUUAGCUACUUCGUUAGAAAAUAGCACUCAAGCCAAGCCAUGUGUCUCAAAUUUUAGCCUAUGAUUCUUCUUAGUGUAAUUUUGUGUACAUAUAGGACAUAUUGUGUUAAAUCUCUUGAACAUAAAUGCAUAACAAAAAUUAAAUUGGCAAUGCAAUGCCAUCUCCAGUGUGAAAUGCUGUGCCUUUUAAGUGGCUCUCCAUGAACAAAGAUAUGGGAAUGCCUGUAUUAAUGCUUGUAAGUUGUAUGAGGUUAGAGAAGCUUAUUUAUAGCUAUUCUGUAUGUAAAUAUUUUUAAGUUUUGUUCCAUCAGGUGGGUGAAUGAUCAGUUAUAUAAGCUCUUUGCCAUGAUUGACUAAGGAGCCAUGUUCAUACGCACUAUAUAUUUUUCAAGACGUAUAUUUGUUCUUUCUUCUUAGGAGCUUUGCGAGCCUGCCAAAUAGAAAUACUACCAAAUGAAGAGUGGAUUCACUGCCUGAAGAACUAAGUGCCACCUUCUGAUUAUUUUUAUUUUUAUUGGUAUAAAUAAUCUAUUGUUUGCAAAUCAUCUCUUUAGUCUGCUUCGACAACAAUUAUUAGAUAUAAAGCUGGAAAAAAUGAAACAAUUAAAAAGAAAAAGAAAAAGCAAUUUUAGCGUUCAGGAAACUCAAACUCUCCUGAAAGAAAUCAGAAAAAGGAAAGAGGUACUUUUUUCUAAGCAGCUUAAUACAACAAUUAAUGAGAUGAAACGGAAGGCUUGGGAGGAAAUAGCUGAGUGUGUGAAUGCUGUGGGUGAAGGAGAACAGAGAACAGGGACAGAAGUGAAAAGGCGAUACCUCGACUGGAGAGCACUCAUGAAGAGAAAGCGUCUGAAUGCAAACAUCAAAGUAGUAGGUGGUGGGUUUCAUCUUCCUUCAUCUGAUUUAGAUGACUCUCUCAAUGAAGAUAUGGAUGAGAAAAUAGGGUUUACAAGUGAAUCUAAUUUUGAAUGGCAAAACAUCACAGACUUCAGAGAAGCAGGUGGAUCUUUAACAGAAAUCAAGGUAGAAGAGGAAGAGGAGGAUCCACAGAGUUUUGAAUUUCCUAUUGAGGAAGAAGAAGAAAUUCUGUCAUCAGUUUUGCCAGAUUCCAAAAAGGAAAAUGACCUACCUGAUUUCACCCAUAUCGAAGAAUUUGGAAAUCUAAGCUCUGCUCAAGCCAGGCUUGCCUAUGAGGAUUCUCAUUUACUCAUAAGUCUAGAGAAGCAGAAACUAGAGCUGGAGAAACAGAGACUAGACAUUGAAGCUGAAAGACUACAGGUAGAGAAAGAACGCCUGCAGAUCGAAAAGGAGCGGCUGCGGCAUGUGGACUUGGAGCAUGAGAGACUUCAGUUGGAGAAGGAGCGAUUGCAGAUUGAGAGGGAGAAACUAAGGUUAGAAGCCCUGCACACUGACAGACCUGCUCUGGAGAAUGACCUUGCCCAGGGGGAAAAACCCAUCUUGCAGCCUCUGGAUCUAGAAACGGAAAAAUUAAAGCUUGAAAAAGAACGUUUGCAAUUAGAGAAAGAGAGACUGCAGUUCUUAAAGUUUGAAUCUGAGAAGUUGCAGAUCGAGAAGGAACGUUUGCAAGUGGAGAAAGAACGCCUUAGAAUUCAGCGAGAAGGACACUUGCAGUGAACUUCUUAGCUAAGGUGUCAAACCAGUACUUUGAAGUUUGUAAAAUAUAGGUAGCUUUUUCUUAACACUGAAACUGUCCUAGGGGUUUGAUGUCUUCUGUCAAGAAUUGAAUGUUGAUGUUAAACUCUUAAAAAAA